AUGAAGAGUUUUGCUUCUAAGGUUAAGGAAGGAAGAGAAGGUACAAAUGGCGAACUAUCUGUUGGUCCUAUAUAUCGCAACCUUCUCUCCAAAAAUGAAUUUCCUCCUCCGGAUCCUGAUUUGAGUACCGCUUGGGAUAUCUUCAGCGUGGCUGUCAAAAAGUAUCUUCAAAACCGCAUGUUGGGAUGGCGUGAAUUUGUUGAUGGAAAGAUAGGACCUUAUGUUUGGAAGACAUAUAAAGAAGUUUAUGAUGAAGUUCUGCAUAUUGGUUCUGCUUUACGAGCAUCUGGUGCUGAACCUGGCUCUCGUAUUGGAGUUUAUGGGUCUAACUGCCCUCAAUGGAUCGUGGCAAUGGAGGCUUGUUGCGCGCACAGCUUGAUUUGUGUGCCUCUCUAUGACACUCUUGGGCCAGAUGCUGUAAAUUUUAUCAUAGAUCAUGGAGAAUUAGACUUUGUAUUUGUUCAAGAUAAGAAGGUUAUACAACUUUUGAAUCCUGAUUGUAAAUCUGCCCGACGACUGAAAGCUAUGGUUUGCUUCACUUCAUUAACAAAGGAAGAGAAAGAUAAGGCCAUAAGCAUUGGGAUCAAGCCAUAUUCAUGGGAAGAGUUCUUGCACAUGGGAAAAGAAAACCCCUCAAACAUUUUACCACCUCAGCCUUAUAAUAUCUGCACAAUAAUGUAUACGAGUGGAACCAGUGGAGACCCUAAGGGUGUUGUUUUGACACAUGAAAACAUAACGGCUUUCGUUAGAGGAAUGGAUCUUUUCAUGGAACAAUUUGAAGAUAAGAUGACAACAGAAGAUGUGUAUUUAUCCUUCCUCCCUUUGGCUCAUAUUCUUGAUCGCACAAUUGAGGAGUAUUUUUUCCAUAAGGGAGCAUCUGUUGGCUACUACCACGGGGAUCUAAAUGCGUUGAGGGAUGACUUAAUGGAAUUGAAGCCAACGUUGUUUGCUGGGGUCCCCCGAGUAUUUGAAAAAGUCCAUGAAGGAAUAAAAAAGGCAGUGGAAGAACUCAAUCCAGUGAGGAGAAGAGUUUUUGGCAUGCUCUACAAAUACAAACUUGCUUGGAUGAACAAAGGAUAUAAACACUGUAAAGCAUCACCUUUUGCAGAUCUGCUAGCCUUCAGAAAGGUCAAAGCUCGGCUAGGUGGGCGUGUUAGACUGAUAAUAUCUGGAGGUGCACCCUUGAGCUCAGGGGUAGAAGAAUUCUUGCGUGUUACUUCUUGUGCCUUUCUAUGCCAGGGCUAUGGUUUGACCGAAACUUGUGGGUCUGCUACUCUUGCCUAUCCUGAUGAAAUGUGCAUGCUUGGUACCGUUGGUCCUGUAUCUGUAUAUAAUGAACUGCGGUUGGAGGAGGUUCCAGAGAUGGGCUACAACCCUCUUGGAAGUCCUCCAUGUGGUGAGAUAUGUCUGAGAGGGAAAACUGUUUUUACUGGUUACUACAAAGACCCUGAGUUAACAAGGGAAGCCAUAAGAGAUGGAUGGUUUCACACAGGUGACAUAGGAGAACUGCAACCUAAUGGUUCUGUAAAGAUCAUUGACAGGAAGAAGAAUCUUAUUAAACUUUCUCAAGGAGAAUAUGUUGCACUAGAGCAUUUGGAAAAUAUUUAUGGAAUCACUGCAAUAGCAGAAGAUGUCUGGGUUUAUGGGAAUAGUUUCAAGUCAGUGCUAGUAGCAGUAGUAGUUCCCAACCAAGAAAAUACCAAGAAGUGGGCUUAUUCAAAUGGUUUCAUGGCUCCUUUCUCAGAACUAUGUUCUCUUGACCAAUUGAAGAAAUAUGUGCUCUCUGAACUCAAGAUGACUGCUGAGAGAAACAAGCUGAAGGGUUUUGAAUAUAUCAAAGGGGUCAUAUUAGACCCGCAACGAUUCGACAUGGAAAGAGAUUUGGUGACUGCAACAAUUAAGAAGAAAAGAAAUAAUAUGCUCAAGUAUUAUCAGGUUGAAAUAGAUGAAGUAUACCGAAGUUUGACCACAGAUAAGCAUAAAAUUUGAGGUUCCAUUGCCAGAUGAAGCUGUUCAUGAUAACAAUACCAUUUCUUCUUUUUCAAGUCCCACCAAUGUUCAACCUUGUGGCCA